AUGAAACCUACUCUCUCGCAUCGGCGCGCGGCCAUCUCCGAGUCGCUGGAGUAGAACGAAACCUGAUAUUCGGGACUGCUGCUCUUUUGGACGAAAUCUCUAUCUCCAACAGGCAAUCAGCAGCUCUACCUUCUUCCCUUCUUGCAUACUACACCAUGUCGAGCGAUCUCUUCAGAAAAUCUGUACUUAACAGACUGCCGGCGAUGCCGCCGACUAGAGCGCCAUGGGCCGAAGGAGAUGAAGACGAAGAUACGAUGGAGCAACUCGCAGAAGAGGAAGAAGGACUGAGCGAUAUUUCAGCCCUGCCCAGCCAGGGAAGCACGAGCAAUCCCUCCAGGUCAUCAAAGGCGUCAAUGUUUGCUUCGUCCGACUUGUCCCCGAUCUCGCCAGCUACAUACUUUGCACAAGCUCUACAGGUCAACCCUGAAGGCUAUCCAUGCACGUUCAGAGUCUACUACACUCCCUCAAUGUUGAGUGCAAUAUCCCAAACGAGUGAUGGCGGGAAAAAGGCAUCUCUACUCGUCUGUCAUCAUGGCGCUGGUAGCUCGGGAACGACCUUUUCAGCGUUGGCGAAAGAAGUUCAGGAGAAGAGCAAGGGCGAGCUCGGCGUGCUGGCAUUCGAUGCAAGAGGGCACGGCAAGACAACCACCGAAGACGGUACAAAGGAAUUAGAGCUAUCUUUUGACAAUCUGCAAAGAGACUUUCUCGCUAUGAUUUGUCAGAUCUUUCCUGAUCCAACUGAAUCGCCAGACCUUGUUCUGCUCGGUCAUUCCAUGGGAGCUUCCCCCAUCAUCUCUUCGGCCCCUAUCCUGCAGAAGCGAGGCUACAAAGUAGUCGGUGUCAUCGUUUUGGACGUCGUUGAAGGUACAGCGGUCGAGGCGCUCCCCCUGAUGCGAAGCAUAUUGUCGCAAAGACCGACAAACUUCCGCUCGGUUGAAGGUGCGAUAGACUGGCACUUGACUUCGGGAGCCGUCCGCAACAAAGAGUCUGCUCGGGUUUCGGUCCCUAGCCUUGUAGUGCCGAAGCCGGGACGAGCGGAUGGAUCGUUGGAUGUCAUAUGGAGGACCGACUUGAUGGCAACAUCGUCUUUCUGGGAAGAGUGGUAUCUGCACCUGUCGUCGCAUUUCCUUGCCGCAAGGUCUGGCAAGCUUUUGGUGCUUGCCGGUCAGGAACGUCUCGACAAAGAGUUGAUGAUCGGGCAAAUGCAAGGCAAGUUUCAGCUGGAAGUCCUUCCGGAUGUCGGCCAUUAUUUGCACGAAGACAAGCCCGAAAGAUUAGCUGGAGUCCUCGUUGCGUUUUGGAAAAAGAACACGAGCGUACUGGUCUUACCGCCCAAGGUAGGCAGUGCAGGUUACGUGCAGAAGCUCAAAAUGGUCGGAGAUCCAUGAAGACCUCAAG